CUGGAGGACUUCCCGGGCCUGGACAGUCUGCACAAGUUCCAGGUGAAGAUCGAGAAGGAGAAGGUAUACAUCCGGGCCAGCAAGCAGGCUUUGCAGCUGCAGCGAAGGACCAAGGUGAUGGCCGCAUGCAUCUCGCCAAGCGCCGGCCACAGCGGCAGCACCAACGUGCUGAUCGUGGGCGCAGGGGCAGCCGGCCUGGUGUGCGCGGAGACGCUGCGGCAGGAGGGCUUUUCAGACCGGAUCGUGCUGUGCACGCUGGACCGCCACCUUCCCUAUGACCGGCCCAAGCUCAGCAAGUCUCUGGACGCACAGCCGGAGCAGCUGGCCCUGAGGCCCAAGGAGUUCUUCCGAGCCCACGGCAUCGAGGUGCUCACCGAGGCCCAGGUGGUCACAGUGGACGUGAGGAACAAGAAGGCCGUGUUCAAGGAUGGCUUCAAGCUGGAGUACAGCAAGCUGCUGCUGGCGCCUGGGAGCAGCCCCAAGACCCUGAGCUGCAAAGGCAAAGACGUGGAGAACGUGUUCACCAUCCGGACGCCCGAGGACGCCAACCGCGUGGUGAGGCUGGCCCGGGGCCGCAACGCCGUGGUCGUGGGGGCCGGCUUCCUGGGGAUGGAGGUGGCCGCCUACCUGACUGAGAAGGCCCACUCGGUGUCCGUGGUGGAGGUGGAGGAGACCCCCUUCAGGAGGUUCCUGGGGGAGCGUGUCGGCCGCGCCCUCAUGAAGAUGUUUGAGAACAACCGUGUCAAGUUCUACAUGCAGACUGAGGUGUCAGAGCUGCGGGCCCAGGAGGGCAAGCUGAAGGAGGUCGUGCUGAAGAGCAGCAAGGUGGUGCGGGCCGACGUCUGUGUGGUGGGCAUCGGCGCUGUGCCUGCCACGGGUUUCCUGAGGCAGAGUGGCAUCAGUCUGGACUCCCGAGGCUUCAUCCCCGUCAACAAGAUGAUGCAGACCAGCAUCCCCGGCGUGUUUGCAGCUGGCGACGCUGUCACCUUCCCUCUGGCCUGGAGGAACAACCGCAGAGUGAACAUCCCCCACUGGCAGAUGGCUCACGCCCAGGGGCGCGUGGCGGCCCAGAACAUGCUGGCGCAGGAGGCGGAGAUCAGCACGGUGCCCUACCUGUGGACAGCCAUGUUCGGCAAGAGCCUGCGCUACGCAGGUUACGGAGACGGCUUCGACGAUGUCAUCAUCCAAGGGGAUCUGGACGAGCUCAAGUUCGUGGCUUUUUACACCAAGGGCGACGAGGUGAUCUCUGUGGCCAGCAUGAACUACGACCCCAUCGUGUCUAAGGUGGCUGAGGUUCUGGCCUCCGGCCGCACUAUCCGGAAGCGGGAAGUGGAGACCGGUGACAUGUCCUGGCUCACAGGGAAAGGCUCCUGAGUUUGCACACAGCACGGGCUUGCUGGGGCGCCAGGGACAGAGGCUGAGCCCCGGGGGGCAAGUGCCAAGCUACAGUUCCCAGGACCCCAGGGGGCAGACCCUGAGCGCCCUCAGUGCUUGCCUUCGGCUGCCUGGCUCCCCCCUUCCCCCACCCAGAAAGGCCUCGGUCGCCUCCAGGAAAUGCUCACCACCCAAGGCCUCCGGUGCUGAGGACUGCUGGCAGCGGUGGGGUGGGGGUGGGCAGGCUGGCCUCUUCCUCUACUGGGACUGGGCCCCUGUGGGACCCUGCAACGUACUAGAUACUAUCUUAACAUUAAAACGCACCCGUUUGCAGA